AAAACACCAAACAACUGCCAUAGAUGUUUCUGCGAUGUCUUCAGACACAUUGUACCUGAUGCUCACUUGAACACUGGCCGCUGUGUUGUGUCUACGUUUCUUCUGCGGCGUUACAGGAAGAGCAGUGUAAAGUCUGUCUUGGAAACAUUGCUCCUGAGAUGGAUCUCCAAACCCUUCUCAAAACCACACUAAAGGACAAAUAUCAGAAAGUCAGCGUAGCAUAUUCUGAAAACUUGCUACUUCCAUCAAGACUUGGCGAUCGGGGGUCAAAGGACUUCACAUCACCUAAUUUGCAUCAGCAUGAGUUAAGACAAGUCGAUAAAUCCGAUCUUCACACUUGGGUUGUGUUUAAAACCAUCCCGCUGGCAGAUAUCUUCUCAUGCAAAUGCAAACAUAACAGUAGCAAGAGAACAGUCAUCUCUUUAGGAGUGAGUGGAGUCGGAAAAACCACAACAGUGCAGAAGUGUGCUCUUGACUGGGCUGAGGGAAAAGCACACCAUGGCAUCCACCUCCUGUUCCCUCUUACUUUCUGGGAGUUAAGUUUGCUAAAACGCAAAUUGAGCCUAAUUGAACUACUUCAGACGUUUUACCCGGAGUUGAAAGAGCUCGAUGUUUCCAGCCUGAACGAAAAAAAUGUUUGGAUUGUCCUUGACGGAUUGGAUGAGUAUAGUCUAGCACUAAACUUCUGCUGUCCGACAGUGGAUGAUGUUUCUAAAGUGUCCACGGUGGAUAAUCUAGUGAUCAAUCUGAUCAAGGGGAAUUUACUCCCCAACGCUCAUAUAUGGAUAACGACCCGGUAUGCAGCGGCAGCAAAAAUCCCUGAUUCCUACUUGCUUAGAGAGACUGAGGUAAAAGGGUUCAGUGAUGAGCAGAAGGAGCAGCACUUCAAGACACUUCUCAGUAGUGAUGCCCUCACCUACAAAGCCAUUGAUCAUGUGAAAAUAUCAAGGAGUCUUGACUACUUUUGUCAGAUACCUCCAAUCUGCACCAUCAUGGCGACUGUUUUGAAGGAUCAUCUAAAAGCAGAUGACGGGUAUAAAAUCAACCCCUUGAAUCUAACCCAGAUCUACACAAACCUGAUCAAAGUGUCCAACUCAGAUGUUUUCACUAAGCUGAAAAAGCUGGCACUGCGCCGGUUGGAAGAGGGAAAUGUACUGUAUGAGAACACCCUUUUAGAGAAUGGCAUAAGUGUCAGGGAAGCGUCAGAGUUCUCCAAAGAGUGUCCACUUGUGUUGAGAGAAGAGAAAGGCCUGCAUAACACCACAGUGUUUCGCUUUGGUCACACAAGCAUUCAGGAGUUCUUGGCUGCAUCGUCUAAACUGGACAACAUUGAAGCAGGUUUUCAUCAGUCCCUUUCUUGUCAGCACCUGGUGGAUCAGGCGCUGCAGAGCUCUGACGGAAAAUUCGAUAUCUUCCUUCGCUUCAUCUUUGGUCUCAUUAAGGAGCGUGGUACACUGGAGCCCACUGACCAGCUGUUCGACUACACCCAGAAGAAGAUCCUGGAAAACAUUUUGUCUCCAAGCGCUGUGGGUCUGUUCCACUGUCUGAGGGAGUUCAAUGCACAGGCGUUACUGGAUGAGGUCAAGUAUUACCUGAAGACAGACAUCUCACCAAUCAGAGGUUUCACAUCAAUGCACUGGGCCUUCAUGACCCAAAGAACCACAAACUUUGAGGGGAUGCGAGAUGUUUUUGAGAUGCAGGUGCCUUUGAGAUGUGAUGAACGAUUCCUCAGGCAUCUACCAAUUGUUUUGAAAUCAAGGAAAGCUAUGUUGCGAUUCUCUAACCUGACAGACAAGUGUUGUCCAGCCUUAGCAGCUGUCCUGAGCACCAAAGAGUCCUACCUGAGAGAGCUGGACCUGGGAUACAACAGCAUCAGCAACGAUGGGGUCAAGAAACUUGUGGAGGGGAUGACCGAUCGGAGUUGCCGACUAAAAAUGCUGAGGUUGCAAGGCUGCGGAGUGUCCUCACAAGCCUGUGAAUACCUGGCCCCAGCCCUGAGACAGGCUGAGAAACUGCGAGAGCUUGAUCUCAGCGGGAACGAAAUAGGAGAUGACGGACUGAAACAUCUUUCAAAUGGUCUGAGGGCCCCUGAAUGCCACUUAGAAACACUGAAACUAUCACAGUGCAACAUUGAGCACAAGGGCUGCCAUUAUCUGGCCUCAGCUUUGCAGAAGAACUCCGGCCACCUGAAAGUGUUGGAUCUGAGCAGCAACGUGAUCGGAGACAAGGGGGCCAAUGAGAUCUUCAGAAAAGUUGAUGUAACGAAGCUGACAAAGCUGGAGUUGUACAACUGCUGCCUCACUUGGUUAAGCUGUGAAAGUAUUGGGGAAACUCUGAAGCAUGAAACCAGCAAUCUGGUAGAGCUGAAUUUAAGCAGCAACAAUUUGAAAGAUGCAGGGUUUGCGCAAAUCUGCGAAGGCAUGUACGCAUGGUGUCGUCUGGAAAAACUCAAUGUUUCGAGAUGUGGGAUCACUGUUGUGGGCUGCUUUUAUUUGGCAAAGGUCCUGUGUUCAAUCUCGCAGCUCUACAGCGGGUUGUUGCAGAAGACAGACUGGCAGGCAGUGGAGCUGAAAGAGCUCGAUCUCAGCAUGAACUGCCUCACAGACAGCGGCAUCAAAGAAAUAGCACCCGGCCUGACGAAUCCCUACAGCCACCUCAAAACUCUCAACCUGAGUCACUGCAGCCUGACUGAUCAGUGUUGUACUGAGCUUGCAUCAGGAUUUGCAUCAAACCAAAGCAUCAUCAUUGAGCUGGACCUGUCUGACAAUGACAUUCAAGAUAAAGGUGUAAAGAAACUCUGUGUGGGACUCCGGAGCACUGAGUGUAAACUUGAGAAAUUAUCAUUGAGAACCUGUGGCUUGACCUCAAAAAGCAUUAUGUUCCUGACCUCUGCCCUGAAGUCAAACCCUCUACAUCUGGCAGAGCUGCACCUGAUGGGGAACCGUCUGGAAGAGUCAGGAAUCCAAUUUCUCAUGGAAUUAACAAAGAACCCAAAAUACUCACUGCAUACAAUCGACAUCUCAGCAGAUUGAGGAGACAGGCAGAAAGCAGAGAACCCAGGCUGCUCAAACUGGCUCCGGUUUCCCGCUCCAUGUAGUCAUACACCAUAAGCUUGAUAGUGGGAAGGUCCUAUUAUUAUUAUUAUUAUUAUUACAUAUUCUAACUGCAGUAUAUGAUCCAUCCACUUUUGUUUCAUUUGUUUGGUUUUACCUGCUCCGUUUUAAGAUUACUUUCAGAAGCUACGUGAACAAAAUCAAAGUGUUAAAUAAUUUCAAGAUGUAUAUUUUCUUUUUUAUUAUUACCACUUUAUGUAAUGUAUGUUUUUUUUAUGCCUUAGUAUUAAACCGCACAAUUCAUGUGUACAGCAAAUUAUUUGAAUGUAAAAGA